AUGUCUACCAGUGAAGUUGCCCGCUGGGCGGGAUUCCUCGACCAGAACAAUGGCAUCGAGUUCGUCUGGCUGCAGUAUAUAACUUACAGCGCUACGACCGUCGUGCAGAUCAUGCCGAUCGAUCGAUUCACGCAGUUAAUCAAAGAUGGCCAGGGCCUUCCCAUCACCAAGGCCAUUUACCAUUUACUACCCGGCGAUGUCCUGGCCGACGGCGCCCUACCCAGCGGCGCUUGCUACCUCAAGCCCGACCUUUCGACGCUAUACCGCCAGCGAGGUUCGAACUCCCACAGAGCGGUGGUGAUGACAUCCAGUCUGGACAGCGACGGCAAACCGCUCGCCGAAUGCGCGCGGUCUCGGCUCGACCACCUGACCCAUCUGUUGACACAGCAGUCGGGAUACUUUCCUCUGGUGGGAUUCGAGCUGGAGGUCGUCUUCCUACGACUUGUCCGACGAGACGGGAAAGUGGUGGGCUACGAAUCGCCCAGCACGAACCACUCCAUCUUCAGCAUGACAAAUGAUGAUAAGCAGACGCUGGACCUGAUCGAAGAGAUCGCGAGAGCGUUACUCGAGGCAGAGAUCGCGCUGGAGAAAUUCCACGCCGAGUCGGCGCCGGGGCAGUGGGAAUUCGUUCUCCCGAAAGACACGCCCGUCAAGGCAGCUGAUACUUUACUAAAAGCCCGCGCCAUCAUUAUCGAUGUCGCGGAGAAGUACGAUAUGCGAGCGACCAUGCAUCCGCGGCUGUUCCCGACCAGCGCGGGGAGUGGAAUGCAUACGCACAUAUCCGUCAAUCCGAUCGACGACAGUCAGGACCUAGUGGGCGCGGAACAGUUCUUCGCGGGCAUCAUCGAGCAUUUCCCCGCCGUGCUGGCAUUCAACCUGGCGCACGACGCUAGCUAUGAUCGAGUGCAGAGCGGUACCUGGAGUGGAGGGGAGUAUGCGGCCUGGGGCUGGGAGAACAAGGAGAUGCCACUGCGGCGGAUCACGGUCAAUCGAUUCGAGGUGAAAUUGCUAGAUGGGCUGGCAAACCCAUACCUUGCGCUCUGCGGUAUGCUAGCCGCUGGGAUCGAUGGGUUCAGGAGGAAGCUGCCGCUGACGGGAGGCGACUGUCGCACAGCUUCUGGGUUGCUUUCCGCCGCAGACAGAGAGGCCCUGGGGAUCAAGACGCCGCUACCCAAGUCACUGACGGAGAGUCUUGAUGCGCUCGAAGCUGACGAGAAGAUGCGGGAAUUAGUCGGCCCGGUGAUUGCCUCUACUUAUCUUGGUGUCAAACGUGGAGAGGUUCGACAUUUCAAGGGCCUAGGUGAUGAGGAAACGAAGAACUCUCUCAUCUCCAAAUACUAG